CUCUUUACUGCAGCCACAAAGCAGACCAUAGUUCCUCGGCUAUCCUUCGCCGUCCAACCCCGACGCCAACCCGGAUAUGCUGGCUCCCCAAGCGGCGAUGCGCGGGAGCUUCUCCCCCUAAAAAAUUAGUAGGAGGAGAGGAGGACGCGACGAUGGAAUGGGAGUGUUUUUACCUCGAGCAGAUGCUUGAGCGAGCGUACACGUCUCGGCGACAGAGCGGCUGAGGACUCCCGGCGGAGGAAGUCAGACAGGGAGGAGGGCAAGGAGGAGCGGGGUCUCGGUGAUGCCGCUGCCCCAGGGCGCGCUGCUCCUCCUGGGCGUGCUGUUGCUGGUGGCCGGCGGUUUGGUGGCCCUCUGCGCGCCUCUGCCCGUGCUGGGGCUCUUCUUGGGCAUGGGGGGCGUGGGCCUGCUGGUGAGCGGUUUGUGCAUGACCAUGAAGAACCUGCAGGCGGCGGUGCCGGGACAUUUCCUCCUGCACCCGCGUACAGGCACGCGCUUCAGCCCGCAACAGUCCCUGGCCAUACAGAGGAGAUUGGACCGAAUUCGUCGCGAGAUGUCAACAGACUCAGUUGGAGACACGCCGGACCCCGAGCCGGUCCCGGAACCAGCCCCGGAAUUAAUCCUCGAAGCGGUCCUGCCAUCCACGCCUCCCCCCUGGACCAUGGAACCUCCCCCAUCCUAUGAUACGGUGAUGAAGAUUCAAGAUCACAACGAUCGGCUUUAACGUCGCACCCCCUUUUUAAUUUGGACUUUUCGGCCUCGUGCAUGUUGUGACACAUUCUGGUGCCUUAAGUGCGACCAAGGACUUUCUUAAAAAGAAACUGUCAAUAUAAUUGGCUUGCUUGAAUUUACGUGACCAACUACUGUGGCUCCAAAGCAACCAAGCUACCACUUCCUGUUUUCCAUUCCAAGAGCACUCCAAUGCAAUGUGCCUUAAUCUGGAGGAGUUAUGAUAUUUUCAAAUUACGGUAAUCGGAAUAUGUCUGGGGAGUAUAUUUGAGCCUAGGUGUAAAUUUGUUUAAUCGAACAAAGCUGCAACCCAGUUCUUUUGUUUUUGCAACAAUAUCGCCUCAAAACUUCCAAACACAAAAAUGAUGUCGCCUGAGAGCGUCCAAUCAUAUUGUUUGCAACAUGAAACCAUGAAGAUUUGCAUGAUAUGUGAGGAUUGCUUGAUUGACUGUUAUCAUUCUCAUUACGUUGGGUGAAAAAAGUCUGUUCUAUAAACCUUCUGCACAUAUUCAAGCGAAUUAGUGAUG